GCCGUAUGGGCCCGGCCCCGCUCGGGCACAGCAGCCCUCCGGGCCCCUCAGUCUUUAGUCAUGGACCGAGACCUUCUGCGGCAGUCGCUGAAUUGCCACGGGCCGUCCCUGUUGUCCCUUCUCCGGAGCGAACAGCAGGACAACCCGCACUUCCGGAGCCUCUUGGGCUCGGCGUCCGAGCCCGCCCGUGGUCCCACGCCGCCGCAGCAGCAUUUACAGGGCAGAAAAGAGAAGAAAGUCGACAACAUCGAAAUACAGAAAUUUAUCUCCAAAAAAGCGGAUCUGCUUUUUACCCUUGCCUGGAAGUCUGAUGCACCUGCGACUUCUGAAGUUAAUGAAGACAAUGAAGAUCAUUAUGCAGUCAUGCCACCUUUAGAGCAGUUCAUGGAGAUACCCAGUAUGGACCGGAGAGAGCUGUUUUUCCGAGAUAUUGAGCGUGGUGAUAUAGUGAUUGGAAGAAUUAGUUCCAUUCGGGAAUUCGGUUUUUUCAUGGUGCUAAUCUGUUUAGGAAGUGGCAUCAUGAGAGACAUAUCUCACUUAGAAAUCACAGCUCUUUGUCCAUUAAGAGAUGUGCCUUCUCACAGUAACCAUGGGGAUCCUUUAUCAUAUUACCAAACUGGUGACAUCAUUCGAGCUGGAAUCAAGGAUAUUGACAGAUACCAUGAAAAGCUGGCGGUUUCUCUGUAUAGUUCAUCUCUUCCACCACACCUAUCUAACAUUAAGUUAGGUGUAAUUACUUCUGAAGAGCUUCCUUUGUACUACAGGAGGAGUGUUGAAUUGAAUAGCAAUUCUUUGGACUCUUACGAAAAUAUCAUGCAAAAUUCCCUGGGAUUUGUUAAUCCAGGAGUAGUUGAGUUCCUCCUGGAAAAACUAGGAAUAGAUGAAUCUAAUCCACCAUCUUUAAUGAGAGGCCUACAAAGCAAAAAUUUCUCUGAGGAUGAUUUUGCUUCUGCAUUAAGAAAAAAACAGUCUGCAUCUUGGGCUUUAAAAUGUGUGAAGAUUGGAGUUGAUUAUUUUAAGAUUGGACGCCAUGUGGAUGCCAUGAAUGAGUACAAUAAAGCUCUCGAAAUAGACAAACAGAAUGUGGAAGCCUUGGUAGCUCGUGGAGCAUUAUACGCAACAAAAGGAAGUUUGAACAAAGCAAUAGAAGAUUUUGAGCUUGCAUUAGAAAACUGUCCAACUCACAGGAAUGCAAGAAAAUACCUGUGCCAGACACUUGUAGAAAGAGGAGGGCAGUAAGUAUCCUAUUUGGUCUUAUAGAAAUCUAGUAUUCAACCAACUACUAUAAAAUCUUGAACUUUAGCUCACUCAGUUCAGAACAGUCUACUUCAAUUUUGGGUGACUUGUUUUUAAGAGGCAGCAGAAAGGUAUAUUUGUAAAGAACUUGAUGCUCCAUCAUUUCUUGUAACAUAAACAUGUAAGUGCUAUACUGUGUACAUGAUAUUGAAAGCUUACAUUAAGCAACCAUAGAUGGGUCAGGUAAGAAGGACUGAUCAGGUAAGAAGCCUCAGUUUGGUAGAUAUCUUAAAG